UGCCUCCUUAUAAACACCCCUUCCGCAGCGGAAGGCCUCGCACCGUCGUGUGUUUGCUGCAACAAACAGAUUCAAUUUAAAUCGGCAUCCUGGAGGACUUUGUCGAAUAUAAACCAUGUGUUAACAAACACUCAGCUUUUUUCAAUUAGAGAUCGUCCCCGCGCUGCCCUCCGUGCAAACCUCGAAGAAAGAACUCGCUUAUUUGAUUAACCCCCGCGUAAUUACAGCGCGCGUCCUCUCAAUGGUUUGUCAUUUAUUCGAUCAUAUAAUUUGCGAAUUAGGAGCCUAUUAAUGUGGCUACAAGACCCAAAUUAUGUGGGAAGAAACUGGUGAUCCUGCUGGGAUAUGAUCUGACUCCAUUGCGUAAAAAUAUGUCUAGACCAGAAUUAACCCCGUUCAAAUCUUGUUACAUUUUGAAUAACAAAGAGCGUCCACGUGUUACUGACAGUAGUAUUUGUUGUCCGCGGAGCUUUAAUAGAUGAAAUAGUCCCAUUCAGAGGCCACCGGGUUUGCGCGGCCUGUUGCGCCUUAAUGCUCGGCCCCUCACCGUCUGCUAAAUACUGAGUGUUUUUUGUCAAUAUUAGCGGGACUACUUGAGGGGAAGUUUAUAAUUGGACACGUGUUUCCCCCGCUUUUUUGUCGUUUGGAGAUCAACCGAUUCCAUUGUAAUUCGUUUUUAAAGCAAUGAGCGAUCCACAAGGAGGGGUAAAGUGUUCUUAAGAGCUCCCUUUCAGCCUUUACAAUGGCCAGAGCAACCCGCAGAGAAACACGGAGGCCCUGGAAGUAUUUAAUCCAGGAGAUGUGUCCACGGGGCUGUCACACAGCAGCAGAGAUUCAGGCACACGCAGGUAGGCUGUUGCCAGUUUGUUAAGGGGAACACGCUCUCUGCCGAGACUGGGAAAGAAACUCAAUCAUUGUGUUUUUGCCUUUAUAAAAUAUAAAAUAUGGAGGACAUGCUUUUUGACUUCGACGAGGAUGGCACGAAGGAUUUUGCAUUUUGGGGACAAAUGGACCAAAACUUCCAGUUUCAGACCCAGCUGGACAACUUCCUGCUGGACUACACCACAGCCGCCGGCCAGCUCUCGCCCUGGUCCUCCCUGGGAAGUCAGUCCAUGUUCCCGGACGCGCAGCUGACCUUCACCGACCUCGACGUGCAGUCUCCGGGGGCGGACGUCUGCACGGAAGGGGAAGGCUCCUCCAUGGACGAACCCCUGGAGGUGACCAAACACAGGGCGCGGCGGCUGGUGACCCAUCCGCCCUACACGGUGCAGCGACACGCGGCCAACAUCCGGGAGAGGAAGAGGAUGCUGAGCAUCAAUUCCGCCUUCGAGGAGCUGCGCUGCCACGUACCCACGUUUCCCUACGAGAAGCGGCUGUCGAAGAUCGACACUCUGCGGCUGGCCAUCGCGUACAUCGCCCUGCUGAGGGAGAUCCUCGUGUCGGGCUGCGACCCCAAAUCCUACGUGGACGAGUGCAUGAAGAACGGCUACAAGAAUCACACUGACGCCAUCUGGAACACAAGCGACCUGACAGCCCGCCUCUCUUGGAUAAAGUGGGAUUAACCGAGGAACAUGGGGCACCCCAAGUGUGGCGAUGGCAGCGGGGAGGAGGUUCAAGUUUGUUCCUCCCUCUUCUCACACUCUCUCUACAUGUCAAAGACAGGCAGCCGGCCCUGCAUGACAGAGCCGAUUGAUCGACAUCUGCAGACUUCUCAUCGGGUCACACACCUCAGGCUUUUCUCAACUUCACCCCACUCCUUCGUCCUCCGUGGCUUUUAAUAUUCAAAUUUAUUGUUGACUGGUAAUUGAGAGCCAUUGUUUCUGCGGCUGGGGAGGGAAAGAGGGUUGGCAUUGUUUGCCCAAUUGGAUGGCACUUGUCACAGAGAGAGAGAGUGAUGGGGGGGGCACACUGGCAUGAGACUAAAUGGACUUUGUAAAGGGCUCAUACUUCUGCAUGUAGCGCUGAAGUGUUUUUUGGACUCCCGCUCAUUAGUCUGUGAGUCGAUGUGUUAAAAAGAGCCUUGAUCAUGUAAAUGAGACAAUGGGUGUGAGAAGCAGAACGGUGCAAUGUGUUUUAGCAUGUCAGGUGUUGUUUCCAAACAUGGCAAUACGGCUAGUAGUGUACUGCUUGUUACAUCUGUCAUCUGUUGUAUUAAUUAUUUAUUUAUGUAUUUAAUUUUCAAUUUAAUUAUUUAUGACAAAAUGCCUUUUCUACUUUCUUGGACGUGUAUUCCAACAAACGGUGAUUAUUUAUUGUUCAUGUGUAAUGCAGAUGAGAGCGCUGUUUUGUUUUUUUGUGAUUUACUGUACAUUUGAAACUACUCUGGGAUCUGUGAAAGUGUCGUUUUUCCUUAAAUGCAUCGCCACAGAAAAGCCUUGCUGUGACAGCUUUAUGUAUUUCUUAACAAUACAUAACAUAAAAAUACAAUACAUAAAAAGCAUCUUUUCCCACCUUCUCCAGUUCUUUUGUGGUUGAUUCCUGAUUUUUCCGUAUUGAGGUCUUUAAUCUGUUACAGGGGUCAGUCAAACACCGACAUAUCACCUCUCUCUGUCCCUGAUUUAUUUUCGUGUUAACCUUUAUAGAUGACUC